AUUCGGAGUAGACGUAUUUUUGAGAAAUUCUCUCUCAUUUACUCGUCGACUGAAGUUCAAGAAAAUUGUAGAAUAAAAAUAGGGAAAAGAAAAACAGGAGAAGAAAAGAAUCGAACCAAACAGAAUCAUGGUGACUCGAAAAUUUGUUGUUAAUCACAACGGUUCUUCAUUCGACGUGGAUUAUGAUGCCGAUGAUGGCUUUGAAGUCCGUCUUGUCUCUCUUUCUCUCGUUUCCCCAAUUCAUCUGCAAAUCAUUUGUCAAUUUCUUAUCGUUUUUGCAUCAGGUUUUCAAAUUCCAGCUCUUCUCCCUCACUUCAGUUCCUCCCGAUCAGCAAAAGAUAAUGGCUGGUGAAAAUGGUCCAACAAUACUGGAUGACUCUGAUCUCUUGACUAUCUCCAAUAAGCUUAAGCUGGUAUCCAUUAAUGAUGGGGAAAAAGAGAAGUCCGAUGCAGAAUUUUCAACAUCUGAUGAAGAGUUGGCUCGCAUUUUACAGGUCAUUGCUGAUGUAACUCCUUUUUUUUCCGUCAGAACAUGCCAGAGCAUUGUUAUUCUUGUUUGUAUAUUUUUAUUCAUGAUUUUAACAACCAUGCAAACACUGCUAUUUACUAGAUCAGUAGGGUCAUUGUUCUUAAUAGUGUUAGGUUGUUGAUCUUGUUUAGUGCUAGAUGAGUCAGACAAGAUUGGAUAAAUUCACAACAAGAAUGUGAUGAAUUAGGUGAUAAGUUUAUGAAACUAAUUUAUUGCUACUCUUUCAGGAAGCUUUAGGUUUUAUAUUAUGUUAAAUGCCUGCAUGUUAAGAUUAUCAAUUCUAUUCGGUUCUCUGCAUUUAGACGGAAUCCUUGAGACAGCUAAAAUAGAAUCAGUCCAAAGGUAAACAAUAAUUAUAUGACCAAUGUGUUUGAGUGUAGGCAGAAGAAGAUGCACUUAUGAUGCAGCAGUUUGUUGCUGCGGAGAAUACAGAGAUAGUUGAUCAGAGGAUUCGACCAUAUGUUGACCAAGUUCUAAUGUAUGAAGAUCCACAUCGUCAAGAAGCAGCUAGGAAGACAGUCCCGAUUGACAAGCUGGAGGAGAAGGCAUUGGUUGCUUUAGCUAGGGAGGGAACUUUUCAACCAUCCAAACCUGAACAAGAUCAUGCGUUCCUGCUGCAGCUACUGUUCUGGUUCAAGCAGUCAUUCAGGUGGGUAAAUUCACCUCCUUGUGAUAGUUGUGGCAAUGAAAGUACAAGGCAUGGCAUGGGGGUUGCAAAUUCUUCUGAAACUCGUUAUGCUGCAUCUCGAGUUGAGCUUUAUCGCUGUACCUCAUGCUUAGCCAUCACCCGCUUCCCGAGAUAUAACGAUCCUUUAAAGGUACCAACAUCAGUAUUUCGGCCAUGUUUGUUUUUCAAUAUCUUAUCAUCUCUUUUUAUGCAGCUCCUUGAAACAAGGAAGGGUCGUUGUGGGGAGUGGGCCAAUUGCUUUACUCUUUAUUGUCGAGCUUUCAAUUAUGAAUCUCGAUUGAUUCUGGACUUCACUGACCAUGUUUGGACAGAAUGCCAUUCACCACAUCUAGGAAGAUGGAUGCAUCUUGAUCCAUGUGAAGGAAUUUUUGACAAUCCAUUAUUGUAUGAGAAAGGGUGGAAAAAGAAUUUGAACUACGUGAUUGGUAUCGCAAGGGAUGGAGUAUAUGAUGUCACUAAACGUUACACAAGGAAGUGGAGUGAGGUUCUGGGGCGAAGAACUCUGACUACAGAAUCUGCUCUUGCUAUUAGUCUCUCAAAUAUAACCAAAGAAAGAAGAAAGAGUUUUGCAUCUCAAACUCUUCAUGUUCUUGAGGAACGAGACAGAAAUGAAGCUGAAGUACUUCAGCGAGAAUUGUACUCAAAAGAUAAUGGUUCAAUUUCCUUACCUGGAAGAAUGAGCGGGGAUGUCGAAUGGCGCGUAGCACGAUCUGAAUUUGGCUCUCAAUCAUUGGGCCUUUCUUCUUGUCCAGUUCGUAAAUGUAUAGAUGAUCAUGUCACUAAGAUUUACAAUUCACUUUCUCCUAUUCUUUCUCAAUUAGUUGAGGUAACUUCUUCAAAAACCGAAGCUAGUGACAUCAUCAGAUCUAUGAAAGAGAUUUUAGUGAAUCUUAAGAAUACCCCCUUCAAGACCAGGAGGAUAUCAGUGGAUUCUGUUUCAUACAGUGCAAAAUUCAUGAAGAUGGUUCCUUCUUUUUCCAAAUUGCUUGAUGCUCUAUCAUUGAAAAUUGAAUCAGAUGUGAAUGGCAGUAUGGAUAUUUGUUUGUCAUCUGAUCCUGUAAAAACAUCCCUGGCACUGCCAGUUGUCUUCCAUGCGUUGGAUGAUCUCAUACUUCAUAUAAAUCACAUUGGUCGUUUUGAUAACACUAGUAUCUCAUGGCCACUACUAAAACUAAAUAGAUUAAGUUGUGGUUUUGUCCUUGCAAGUGGAGAGGAGCUUCCUUUUGGAAUAGCCACGUCUGCAUUUGAUGGAACUCGGAUGUCGAAGUGGGAAGAGCCAAAUGGAGCAACAGGUUGCUGGAUUAUUUAUAAAUUAUUGGGAGAUCCAUUAUACAAGAUAGUGGCGUAUGAGCUUAUGUCCGCGAAUGACGCUCCAGAAAGGGAUCCAGCAGAAUGGUAUGGUGUCGCAGAUUUCUUUCUUGUGGAAAAGUGUAGCGUAUGUGGCAAAUUCAUGCAACAUUGCCAUCUGCAGCUCUGUUGCAGUUUGCUUGUGGAGACAGAUUUUGGUGAAUGUCUCAUUUGCUUCUGUUUGCUCUUAUCAGCAUUCAUUUCUCCCUUCCAUAGAACUUCACGAAUAAUAAAACCUCCCUAGACCAUUGUCCCUUUAAUAUUGAACGUCUCUUUCCCAGGGAAGUACUAGUAUUCUCAUUAAAUCAAAUUUGGGAUAAUGAUGCCUGAGAAAGUCACGAGUAUCUAUGCAUAUUGUCAUAUGUUGGAUGUAGGUGGUUGUGUCUGCGAAAGUCAUGACUAGCAACCCAAAGGUUUUCAGGAUAUGACUCGAUCAGAAACUGUAUACUUAGGGUUACAGGAAGUGAAUACAUUCAUUGGUUCUUUAUUGUUUCGUAAUGAUUGUUUAAAUUGGAAUCAGUGAUGACAUCUCAUUUCUAUUGUAUGAUUAUUUUCAUUUAGUGAAACCAAGAUCAAGAUUAGUUGCUUUACAGCUGGACUUUAGAAAACAAUCUUAGGGCUUUCUGAUUGGAACUGCAGAGAGAAAUGCUGGGGAAAACUGAAGAAUUUAUUGUGGCUAUUGUCAAACAUAGAUGGCAAGUGUUGUUUAGGAGAACUCUAGGCCUGUAGGGAUGGUGCUGAUGAGAUUGAUUGUAGGGUUGAGAGUGCAAACUAGCGUAUGGAGUUGUCAUGGAGAAGGAAAUGUCACGUUGGGAGUGAGUGUAGAUAUGAGUAGUAGAGUCGGUUUAGUUUUUGUUUUGUUUUCUCUGCAUUGGUAGAGUGUAAAGAUGAUGCUAUAUUUCUUUGCAUUUGGGAUUAGUUGUUGCAUCGGAAUGGGAUGAUAAAAUUCUAAUUAAAGAAUUGAGUCAGCCUUUACAGCUGAAUAAAAAAGCUUCUGAAGUGUAUUUGCCUUGUUCCCUCGUCAAUUUAUUUGGAGGGAUGUAUAAAAUACCUGAAUAUUGUGACUUUGCCGAAACUAAUAAGUUUCGUAUAAUGUUGUUGGACUAGCUUGCUGUUUUUACGCAAAUUUCCUAUUGUAUGUAUCUUUUUUACUGGAAUUACUAUGAAUUUGUUUGAUUAGGGUGCUCGAAGCAAGUCAAGAUGGAGGAUCAAGUUGGCAUAUUUUGGAUAAACAAACUGCUCAAAAGUUUGAAGAACGCUUUCAGCGGAAAUUAUUUAAGAUAAACUCGCCGGGAAUAUCAGCGAAUACCUUCAGGUAAAAUUUCAAGGGGAUUAUUCAGUUUCUCUGUGGUAGCAUUCAAUGCUAACAGUUAACACAGUUUUUUAAUUACGGAAAAUGUCAGGUUUAGGUUUACAUCAGUUAGAGAUCCAAAAUCAACUUCAAGGUUUCAGAUCGGUAGCAUUGAUCUCUACUCAAGUGAACUUUGAGCCUGAGGAUCCAUUCAUCUGCACAUUGGUGUUAAACUGAAAAUAAGCUUAUCAGUUGUUGUAUUCAUUCCCGUUACAUUGAAUUCUGGCUACCUGAAUGUAUCAUUUUUAAAAUGUCGAAUAUCUAGGAAUGUGCAGCCUACCUACCUGGAUUUGUGUAAUUUUGAUUAGCUUUUUAAAUAUCGGGUACAUUCAUUCCAUGGUAGCUGUUUAAGAGGAUCUUUUGGGAGGAAAAUUACCUUGAGAACAUUGCGAGUCACUGUUCUUUCAAUAAUUUUUUAUACUUCGUGAAAUUACUGUCUAGUGCCGUUAUUGGACCGACUGAACACUGAGCACUGAGUGGUUGAACCAUGUGAAUAUUUGCUUUACAAGUUUACGGAUUAGUGCCAAAAUCCAUUGAUUCGACACUUUGACCAACUUCACUGACAAAUCUAAUGUAAGGUGAUUUACCCAUGAG